CUAAAUCUACAAUCCCGUUCUCAUCGUCCGUAUACACUUUCGUUUCGCGUAAUUUUCCCUCCGUAAUUUUACUUCCUACCUCCUAUCGUUUCUCCGCGAGUGAACGCAAUUUAAUUGCGUAAUCAUGUAGUGUUACAUUAUUCAAUUUGUGGUCAGUUUCACCGAUGCCAAUUAAUUUCAACCGCGGUCUCGGCUCUUUCCGGCUUUUUGCUUCAGCGAGGAAAAAUAAACCACGACUGAAUUUGGCUUUUAACCAUAUAUAUGUGUGUAUAUAUAUAUAUUUAUUUUUUCCUUGUACAAGAUAAUAAAUAUAUGAUCACGAAAGAAGAAGAAGAAGCGAAAUCGGAAAUGCGGGACAUGUCGGCGCGACAUUGUAACAUUUGCGACGAGAGAAUUUCAUGCCGUUGCGCAAGAGAAAGCGGGGGGAGGGACGGAGAAAAUCAGAUAUCGGGUUUAGUAAGUGCGCAAAUGUCAACCGCGGAGUUAACGCGCGGCUCCGCCGACGGAUAGCGGCACCGUCGCCAACGAGGGUCGAUGUUUUCAGCGACGUGUUUAGUGGCGUGUGCGAGUGGCCGCGAGCCAGCCAGCCGUCGGGAUGCCGCAGAGGUUUCUGGGUAUGCGGUGGGAGCCAUAUUUUUCCAAUAUCAGUUACGUAUAAACGUAGCGCGUACGCACAGGUAUCUGGUAAGGCAACGGCAUCUCGAACGGCGUGCCGCGCGGUGUCCGUGUCCCGCCGGCAGAGAGUGAACGCGCGCGUACGAUCGCAGGACGUCGAAGGAUCGGCGCGCGAGACGUUAUCGGAGCGUCGCGCGCGGCCGCCGGUUGUCACGAAAUAUAAUAAUCGGCCGACGUAUGUAGGAUCCGCGAGCGAGCGAGAAGCGAGACAGCGGCGAGAGAGAAGCGGAGCGCGCAGGUGUUCGGCUCGGCCGAAGAGGGUUAGUUAACUUAGCCCGAGUUCGCAACCGCGCUAGUAGUAGUGGUGUUGCUGCUGGUGGUGGUGGUAUCGUUGAUAGUAGUAGUGUGGAGUGGUCACGCUGGUAGUGGUGGUGGCACGAGGCAGUGGUGGUGGUGGUGGUAGUGGUGGUGGUGGUGAUGCUGCUGCUGCUGCUGUGACGAUGACACAGCGUCAUAACACGACGCUCGUCCGUCCGUGCGCGAUUUAACCCGAAUCGUUACGCCAACGGCGUAAAGUGUGUUUUUUGUACGGCGAGCGCGUUCGCGCCAUAUUACCGAUCGAGCCGACUACAGACGACUUGAGCCGAGCCAUCCCGCCGAGUAGUUGAGUGCGAUUAACCGCGUAGUACGCAGUCAGUGUCGAGGGAGAUGGCUCGCCGCCCGUCCGCCGUGUAAGAAUCGUGUUUGCGUGACGUUUCCCCCCCUUUUUUUUCCCUCUCUCUUUCUCUCUCUCUCUUUCUCUCUCUCCUCCACGUCUCUUUCGGCGAUAGUGUGAUCGCGCUGCCUACACGAUGACAUAACCGUGUCCGUCCGUUGUCGGAGUGUAACGCGUCUCGGUCGGGACGAGGUGACCGUGAAUGUAAAACGCGAGUUGGACCGUGGCAUUGACACGACCUACUGCUACCACCGCUGUUCUCUCUCUCUCUCUCUCUCUCUGGUGUUGACUUCUUCCCCGCGACAUAUUCUACCGAGUCGUGUACCGUGCAGUGUGCGACCUUCGCUCCGAUUUCGUCGCGACGCAGUUCGUCCGCCGGUAGGAGCGCGUGUGUUGCUAUCUGGAAUCUUCGCCUCGUUGAUUUCGCGAACGGACCGUCACCUUCUCGAUCGGAUCAUCGUCCGCCGACAUGGUAGGCGAGUCGCGACUCGGCGGAACGCAACGCUCGCGCCAAAGAGAGGAGUCGUCCGCGCCGAGGGACGCUGAGUCGGCGAGACGGUACCUCUGAGAGGAGAAGAGCCGGUCGGAUGGCGGCGUCUCGAAUCGCGUUCGCGUGUCCCGCGACAUUUUGACAAGCCUCGCACACGCUCGGAAGAAGAGGGAAAGGAGGAAGGAUCGCGCCAUGCCCGGCGAUCCCCGCCGCGUCAAGGAGGUUAGACGGCCAUUGACCGGCGAGCUGCGGCAGCGUGUACUACGCGCGCCAAACACGCGCCGGCUCUGAGACGCGGACGACUGCCAUUAUCCGCAUCGGUCUCCGCCGGCGAUACACAGUAUUCACGUGGUCGGUGUAUUAUGUCGCGCUACGAGUGUCGGGAAGAGAACGGGAGGCACGGGGAGCGCGCGACCCGCUCACCAUCCCGCCGUGCCCGCUGGACGGUGCCGAGCGCGUAAGGAUCGUGCAGCCGCUCGGAGGAUGCGGAAGUACCAUUACCCGCGUAGGCGAGCUACGUGCCACGUCGUGCCAGUGAUGUUGUCGUGGGUGUCGUCGGGGUCAUCCGCAGCGCUGCUGGACCAUGGCCGGCAAGCCUGAGCAGCCGUCCACGCUCCCUGCUCCCCCGAAUCACGGCCAUCAUCACCAGCAUCAUCAUCCGCAGCAGCAAUCGGUGGUACAGCAACAACAGCAGCAACAGCAGCAGGCUAUACAGCAGAACAGCGUUCUGGUGUACGUGUCGGGGGAGAACUUCGCGUACGCCACGGCGGUGGGUCAGAAUGUCGCCGCGACCGCUGCUGCCGCUAUCGCGGUCGGUUAUCAGUCACCGCAGCAGACGACGUACACCGGCAUCCUGCAGACGCCGCAGGUGGCGACGGCGGCGGCGACGUUUCCCGCCAAAACCGCCGUAUACUGCGACGGCGGCGGGGUCGUAGGGAACAACGGCAGCGCUGGUGCCUGUUGCCGUCUGAAGCAGCCGUCCUCGCUGGAGUACACGGACGGCGAUGAGUCCAGGCGGGCGGCGUCCUCCUUAGCCGGCAACGAGGACGAGGAGGACUACGCGACGAUCCUCUAUCGCCAGGCGAGCCUGGGGCAAUCGGCGACGACGUGCGCGGCCACGACGACGGUGAUGAUGACGCGCGUCGCGCCGUCGCGGGAGAACAAGCUGGAGAACGACUCGGACCUCUCGACGUCCGUGAAGACGUAUCAGCGGCUUCACCACGCUGACGCGUACCCGCGAAUCAACGCCGACUACAGCACGCCCGGUAGAAUCGUCGCGCGUGCGAAUCCCCCCGAUGGAGGCUGCGUCGGCCUCGAAGACGUCGCGUACGCCCCGGGCAACGGCGUCGUUCUUCAGAACGAGCAACAGGCGACGAGCGUAGCGGUGGACGAGGGUGGCAAAGCCCGGCAGGACAGUUUCGACAGCCAGACCGCCGCCUCCUCGUUGACGGUCGGCGUUAGUGACGGUGGUGGUGGUGUUAGUGCCGACUCGGUGAGGUCCGACACCGGCGGCGAAUCGUCGACGACGACCUACGGUAGCCUCGGCAGCCCCGAGAGUCAUCUUCAUCAUCAGCCGGGACAGGACGGUCUAACGGCGAACAAUCAUCAUCCUGGCGGCGCGGCGUGCGCGCAGCAGGCUGUGCGACAGCAGCCGUCGCGUGUUAACAAUAACGGUGGUAACAGUGCGCAACAUAACGUGGUGUUGACUAUGAACGGCGGUGGUGCGGUGGUUACGCAGCAGCAGCAGCAGUCGUCGUCGCAGCAGCAACAGUCGGCGAUCAGCGUGCCACGUGGCUGGAAAAGGAUAUGCACCAACGGGGUCAUCAUUUAUAUCAGUCCAAGCAGUACGGCGCUGGGUUCGCUGGAUCAACUGAAGGAGUAUCUGACGACAGUGGGAACCUGCAAAUGCGGUCUCGAGUGCCCGUUCAGGCCCGAACAUGUCUUCAACUUCGACCCCAAGGUUGCGACACGACCUUGGAGCCCGGAUCAGGGCAAGACGCGGGAGAUGACCAAGCUCUGCAACCAUAAGAGGAAACUUCUGCUGCCGGCCGCGGCCGCCAGUCCUGUUGCGUCCUGUACACCGGCGGUCUCAUCGUCGACUUUAUCUUCUGGCCCGACAACGGCCUCGAUUCACGCGAACGCCGACUCGCCCACGUCGCCGGAUAAAGCCAGAAAAGAUGGUCUCAGCAAGAAGAAGAAGAGGAAACUAGGAGGCGGCAUUUAUUCCGGCGUCUCGGUUUCGCAACUUCUGGCACAACGGGAGAGAGCUAUUGCCGCGGUCGCGGCAUCUGGAGUUCAAGGUUCACCGGUGCCUAAUGGAUCGCAGGUAUGGCCAAUUGCGAUCCCGAAUCUGCAAGUCCAGCAAAACGGCCAACAAAUCUGCCAUCAGUCUUUAAAUUCGCCUUCUCAAAAUCACGAUGUGAAUAAUUGUACAAGAAAUCCUCAGCAGAGGUUAAAUCAGCACAAUAUGUCGGGCAUGUUGAUGAGCAACCCGCUGAUUAUGAAUCAGCAGGGGACGAACUUCAACAAUAUGACUCAACAACAGCUCCUCCAGCAACAACACCAACAACUAAUUCUGCAGCAACAGCAGCAGCAGCAGCUCAUUCAGCAGCAUAUAUCGCAGCAACAGCAGCCGCAGCAGCUGCUACCUCAUCAGCAACAGCUGCAACAUAUGCAAAUUUUGCAACAGCAACAGGAACCGCAACAUCAAAACACGGUGGUGAAUCAAUUGGCGCAACAGCAAACUCCUCAUUAUAUCAAUCAACUGAAUCAGCAGCCGUUGCAUGUAAUGCAACAGCAGCAGCAGCAGCAACAACAGCAGCAGCAACAUUUGAAUCAACAACAACAGCAGCAGCAGCAGCUGCAUUUGCAGCAGAUUCAAAAGCACAACAUGCAACAACAGCAGCAGCAGCAGCAUUUAACUCAGGAAGAGGUUCAGCAGCAGUCGGGAAAUUACAACUCUCAACAUCCCACUGAGAAUUACGUGCAUCAUAUGCAGUCUACGCAGGUUCCGAAUCAAACCGCUCUUCAUCCGCAACUCCAUCAACUUCACCAGCAUCAGAUGCAACCGCAGCAACAGCAACAAAAUCAACACGCUAUGCAGCCUCAGUCGACGGACCCCUUCCAAAUGCAAAUUCAACAGUUACAACAACAACAACAGCAACAACAUCAGCAACAGGUGUGCAUUCAGUCGCAGUAUCCGAAUCAACAGAUGAAUCAUCACACCGUGGAUGCCAUGCAACAGCAGCCAGGCUCCGCUGUCAUGACCAACGUCAACACUACGGACAUUCAAAACAGGCACAGUCGAGCGCCAUCGGUCACCGACGAGGACCUAAAUGCUAAACAGUUACAGCAACAGCAGCAACAACAGCAGCAACUCUUGUUGCACAAUCAUUCGAUGCAGCGACAUCACGUAGUGCAAAAUGGCGGCUUGCAGAGCAGCCCCCAUGAGAACGUUCAGCGGAUGUACACUCAGAAUCAAGUACAAUAUCCGGUGAGGAGCUUCGAUCCUUCGAAGGGGACGAAUGCGGACGGCAAGAUGGGACACCAACAGCAAUUCGUUCUGUCGAAUCACGCGGGAAGAAGCCCGAACGCCAGUCACGCCGUCGAGGCGCAGUCUGGUAUGGGACCAAACGGGCAGUCCGGCAACAUGCAUUUCAACAACAGAACGCCACCGUGGCAGCAGAAUCGGCCCGCGGUCGUCUCCCAUCAGCCGUCCCUCGUCACGGUGCAGAAUAUCAACUGCAAUUCGUUCGACCGCGUGCCACCCCUCCAUCAUCACAUUCCACAGGCCUCCACUUGGACCGACGAGGCCGCGCGGAAGAAGGCGAAGUCGACUAAGAUAAUCGUGAAGAAGCAACGCCAGCACGGCGUCGCGGAGUCGAGGACGAACAACAGUCUGGAGCACUCGACGCCGAGUCCGGUGGACGAGUUCAGCGAGAAGAAUCAGCAAAAUAACGGUCAGAUAGGUACAACGUUUAAUAACAGCGGUCCUUCGUUCCUAGAGGAUCCUAGCGGAUACCUCGCCCAGCAGACGGCGCUGCUGAAUAGUACGAUAUCGAGGCAGACUGGUGUCAGUAGCUCUCAAGUAGGCCUGAUGAGUAGCAAUCCGAAGUCGUCGCCCCAAACCAGUCACGGCAUGCAUGUGCCUAACAACAACAAUAACAACAACAACGCCUAUCUUCCUCAACCAAAGCCUUCCUCUAUCGCCAGCCCUACGAGUACCUCGUCGUUCACUUCCGUGAAGAACCACGCGACCUCGCCGGUCGUCGUGCAUAGCAGCAUGACGCCGACGUCGAGCAGCAGCGGCACGGAUUCCGAGAGCAGUCCGUGUCAGGGCUGCGUCACCAGCGCCGACACUCAGUCCUACAUUCAGGAUCAGUAUAAGCAGCAGAUGCACCGGCAGUACCUGAUGCAUACGGAUCAGCGCGAGGACCCCGUCACGUCGUCGACGUUCGGCGAGAGAUAUCAGACGAGCCAACAGCAGGCCGACUCCAGGCCGAUACAGGGCGGCACUGUGAGCACCAGCCACGGGUCUCCGAUCGGCACGAACAGUCCCGCGAAUUCGGACACGCCGGCAGCCUCUACGCCCGGUAUCUCGCAGCCGGCGACGCCGCAGAGCCUCAUCUCGUCGCAGCCGUCGACGCCGCACAGUUACUCGCAACCACCGACGCCUCACUCGCACGUCUCGGGUCAGAUGCCGGCGCAGACCUUGACCCCGCAACAGCCGUCGCAGUCGUUGACCGGCGGCGGCGGCGGUAUGCAGGAACAGAGAUCCGAGACCCCGUGUUCCGGCACGAUGAGCUCCAGCGGGAUUCCACCUAGCACAUCGCCAUCCCAAACGUCCUCCUCUACGCCGGACAAUUUAGCGCCCCAGGUGAAACGGCAGACAACGACCAGGCAGAAUUCUCUCGACGGUUACCAACCUCACCCGCACACCGUCAAUGCAGUGUCCAGGAUGCCCAUCAACACCUUCGGCGGGACGUCGUCCGUGAUAACAACCAUGGCGAGCAGUCACACGGUUAGCAGUAAUACGAUCACGUCGGUCUUAGCGGGUAGGGCGAACACCGCCACCGUCUCCAUAAACACACCGUCUGCGAUACCGAAUCCUGCCCUGCCGAAUCUUCUGCCCAACAAGCCGCAGCAUCAGCCGGCACAGUCCACAACGUUGGGAAAUGCACCGGUUACCACUCAUUCCUCUGUCCCGCACAAUCAAUCUUCGACGAUGAGCGUAUCCAAGUCGCCGCUCGAGAUGGUCCAGAGCGUCGUCAGUAGCAUACAAGUACCUCAGGCGAACACGAACUCGUCAUUGCAGCCACAAACGCAACAGCAGCAACACCACCACCAUCAACAACAGCAGCAGCAGCAGCAACAUCCUCAGGCCAACGUUCAGGUUCAUAACGUCCUCACUUCCGGAGGGAUACUGAAGCAUCCCGCAACUUCGACGUUACCACCCGGUCACAUACUGGUGUCCAGCGGCGGUCAGCUCAUCAUGGCGAGCACCGGCUCGGCUAUAAACGGCGUUAUGGCGCCUCCACCGCCGAAAAUCAUAUCGAACGCGAAUUCAAUGCCACCGCUGUCGGUGUCGCCGAUGGUGACCAGCGUGACCGGAGCCGUCAGUCAAGUCAUCCCCGCGGUAGGGGUGGCUCAGCAAGUGAUAGGCCAGCCGACGGUGCUGGUGAAUACCAUACAGACACCGGUGCUGAUACAACCCGGCGUGAUGACGAUGGAUGGUAUAAGUCAGAACGUGCAGAUACCGCAUCUGACGGUCGCCACCGGCAACGUGAUACAGAACACCCAGUCGAUCCUGGACGCGAAUCAGGACGUGUCUCGGACGGUCGGCGCCAACCAGGGCAUGGUGAAUCGGCAGCCGGCGCUGCUGUCGCCGGAGUCGGCGAUGACGAAGAAGAAGGCGUACAAGAAACGCAAGACGAAUCCUCAGACCGUGGCGUCCAUGUUGCACAUCGCCUCCUCCCAGCAGAACGCCGGCAUGCUGAUGCAGUCGCAGUCGAACUUCGCGCAGCAGAACUUUCAGGCUCAGAGCAUAGGCGGGCCCAUGCUGCAGGCGCUCACCAUCGUUCCCGGGAAGGGUGGAGCGCCGGCGCAGCUGGUGAUGAACGGGCAGACCGGCGCCGCGUCCGCGCAGUUCAACGCCCAGCAGAUAAUCACGAAUCCCCAACCGGCGCAGCAGAUCAAUCUCCUUCAACCGGUGAAUCUGUUGAACGGCGCUACCGGGAUGGUGCAGAACUUCCCUACCAUUCAGCAGUUCAUUGUGCCCGGCUUAGGCAGCAUGGUGAUGUCAGCCGACGGGACGGCCACGUUGCUGCAGGACACCGGGAACAUCGGGAUGCAGCUGCAGAUACAGAACGUCAACGGUCAGAACGUGCUGACGCCGGUGCAGAGCCACGGCGGCAUCUUCAAUCCGAGUCAGAGCAUAUUGGCCGCUGGUCCAGCCGGUAUGGUGAUACGGGCGCCGCAGGCGACCGGCGGCAAGAUCAUCCAGCAGCACAGUCCGGGAGCGCAGUUCCUGUCGCCCAACAGCGGCCAAUUCUUGGUGAACGGUACGACGUCCUUCGGCAAUCAGCUGAGCCCGAUAGUGGCGAACGUCAGUCCGAAUCAGCAGGUGACGUUCAACGCCUCGCAGGUGAGACCGCCGAACAUGCAGGGCCAGCAGGAGUUCAUACAGAUGAACGGGCAAACGCUGAUGGUGCCCUGCGGCACCGCGCAGAACAUCGCCGUGUCCUCCGCGUCGAAUCAGCAGAACACCACCUUCGUCCAGCAGAACACUACGAUCGUGCAGCAGCAGACGACCAUGGUGUCGAACAAUCAGAUACCGAACUUUCAAGGGGCGACCUCGAACGCCGGGCAAACCGUCGACCCGUCCCUGAAUCUCGACCACAAUCAGUCGUACAUCCUGAGCUCCGGUAUGAUCCAGGGUAAAGCGUCCUCCUCGCCCAAGAGCGGCGUCAAUUCGCCGUUGUCCGAUCCGAACGUCGAGCAGCAGCAGUACGUGCUCGCGAGCAGCAGCACCACCGUCGUGGAGAAGACGGCUUCGCAGAACGAGCAGCACAGUCCGCUCAUGGCGAGGCAUUCCGUGUCGACUCAAACCGCCGGCAAUCAAACGAACGUGGCGCAGUCGGCGAUGAUGCGGCAAGGAUCCCCGCCCGACACGACCACUCACAGUCCGGGGAACAGCCAGAGGUCGAACAGCCCGGCCGUGGACACCACCACCCACGGCGCCGCCUCGCCAGCACCCCCGAUCACCGCCAGGCAUCAUUCGUCGUCCACGCCUAUGGUUCAUUGCGUCUCGAGCAGCGAACCGGACUCGGGCGACGCACAGGCCGCGUCGGAGGAUUGGAGAAUUCAGGGUAUCACCACCAAGGAGAUCACAUUGAACCAACCGAGUCUGCACGGAAAGACCUACGUGGAGUCGACGGUGACCACUGGGAUCCAGAUCUAUACGUCAGAGACGUUGAAGCAAGCCGAAGGUGUGGUGAGCACGGUGAGGUGCGAGGGCAGGGAACAUGCCCUCGGCCGCGGAAUCAAGCGAAAGCUGGACUCCAUCCAUUCCAUGCAUUCUACUCUGCAUGAAGACCAAGAUGUAGCUGAGACAAAGGACGUAGACGACGGGAACCAAUGGAAACUGAUGGUCGGUGAGCUAGUGUGGGGCGCAGCAAGAGGAAGUCCGGCCUGGCCGGGGAAAGUCGAGUCUUUGGGCCCUCCGGGUACAAUGACGGUUUGGGUCCGAUGGUAUGGGGGCGGGGGCAGUCGCACCCAGGUCAAUGUCAAGACCCUCAAGUCCCUCUCUGAAGGCCUCGAGGCGCACCAUCGCGCCCGUAAAAAGUUUAGGAAAAGUCGUAAAUUGAAUAUGCAAUUGGAAAACGCGAUACAAGAGGCGAUGGCGGAACUGGACAAGAUGACGGAGGCCUCCAGCGACCAGAAAAAUAUGAAAAAGUCGCCGAAGGUGACCUCGCUGCCGGCCACCAGCUCUAAGGGUGUCAAUAGCGCCGGCAAAUCGGAGGCCAAGAGAUCGUCGAAGAGGUCCGUGGCUACCGUGGAUCAUGCCAAAAUCGAACAGAAACAAUGCCGGUGAUCCAUGUCGAUCAUGGUCGUUUAAUGCAUCGGUACGAAUAUCGGCAGUCGAUGACUCGCAAAUCGUGAGGGAGCAUCGAAGAUCGUUGCGCAGAAAUGUAAUUAGCCGGCUCAUUCAGUUUAAUAAAUUACCGACGAAUUGAUGAAAUUAGACGUUCUCCCAAUGAAUCACCGAUGAUCAAUUUCUGUUCGCUUCGAACGAGCCAAGUCGUAACUCGCGCAAUCUUUCGCUCGCGUCCGGAUUCGUGUUGUCGAUAUGCAAAGCGUAUCGCGUAUCUCAAAACCUACUAUUCAUCGCUUAGAGGCAAUUUUAUCAGUUUCAAUUUUAUCACAGGUACAAUUUCGCGCGACAGAUAGAGAUUUGAUCACGCGUCACUAUUCUAACUCAACGACGGCUCAAGCGAGAAAUCUAUUGGUGGAGAGGCAUGCGAUAUGCUAUGAAAUUAUUGCGUACGGAUCACCUCAAGCAUGUCGCAUACUGAACCACGGUGAUCGCUGUGAUUUACUGCUCUCAGACAAGACAUUCGCUGCUCACAGUCAAGACAUUCGGCGGAAUCAUUCACGAGGAUUUUAUCUUCGAGCGUGAUCGUACACACGUAAACACAGUCUUGCUUCUAAACGUUGCAACUUUUUGCCAUUCAUACAGUUUAACUGAUACGCUUCGGGACGCUCGCAGUAUUGUCUGAUUAUUGUACGGAGAGCGUCUCUGGAUUAUAAUCAAAAGUACGUCUAUGAUUUGCUCGAAUGAGAGAAAGAGUUUUCCUUCGACGCGAAAUCAGCGGAUCGUGGGAACGCGACGCUAAACACACAGUCGUAUUACAACACGGUCUCUAUCUCUCUCUCUCUCUCUUUCUCUUUCUCACGCGUGAGAGUGGCAUCGGCGUUUUCCUUUCUCGUAAAUUCACCGACGAAGCCUAAGUAGCGUAGGAAUAAGUAUUAUCGGUUGCAACAUCCUCAGUGCAUUCUUCUGUUUGCGACCAGCGGUAUCCAUUUGAUAGGCGAAUGUUCGAGCGUGUAAAAUUGCAAUUGCAUGAUUAAUGGCGAGAUACAGUGAGAAACACUACGGCCGAUUUACUGUUGUACGAAAUAGGCCUACGGCAUACGUUCUUAAAUUAUAUACCCCACAUGUGUGUAUGUAAUCAUGUACAGAGAGAGAGAGAGAGAGAGAGAGAGAGGGAGCGAGAACAAGACGAUGAAACGAUAAUUUUCCACAGGCAUUUUUGCGCCAAUAAAAGCACAUUCGGUCACAUUUCUCAUAGGGACGCAUGGUUUUGUCAUGCGGGUUUUAUUCAACGAUUACUCGUCCGCAUAUUCCGUUAACGCAAAGUAAGACGAGCGAGGCAGCGUUUUAAAUGCGAAUGCAUUUUAUGCAGGCGAUGCGUAUUGAACGAUCUCUCAGUUACGUGUGGUUUUUACAGUUUUCACGCACGCUGAAGUCGGAAUCACAUGAGUGUUUCCUAAAGGUAACGUUACUCGUCCGUAUCCGAGAGCGAUCGUACAAGCACACACAUACACAGAUACACAACGCAUACACACAUAUAUACACAGGAGUAUAGUUUUAAAAAGAUAUUUUUGCGAAUGAACCUCAUUACCCAUAGAGAGUAACGCAUUUUUUUAGAGGGCUAUACACGCGGAACGCGAGAAACAUUGUUUUACCGCGAUAACGCCGGGCUACAGGCUCGUCGGGACCGUUUUAAACCUAUGUAUCCGCAUACGCAGGACGCUCUUGACCUGCGUGAUCAUUUUUUCAACGAUGUUCCUCGAACUCUGUAGACCUGGGGCACGCUGUGACUGAAUAAUUGACGGGUCGAUUUUGUAUAUAGUAAUGAAGCGACCGGAGUCCGCCGCAGAGCGCGGUACAUCCGCGGUUUUUAACAGGUAAACGCGAGCAACUGAUUUUUAACCGUUGGUUUAUAUUCAUCCACAUUUCUCCACGUCACGGCGUAUUCGUGUUACGUGACAUGUGGCAAAUUUCUACUCGAGUCUCUAGAUCGUUUGAAAAAAAGUCACGUAACGCUAACGAUAAAUUAAUCGAAACGGAACUUCGACGUACGAUUUAGAAUAUCGAUCUCGAGUUCCCCGAAAGAUUCUCUAGGUUCCUUUCGCCUUUCGUUUCCCUCCUUUGCAAUUAUUAGGUCGGUCGAAAGAUUCGGUUCGAAUUUUUCGGAGCAUUAUCGAGAUAAAUCGGGUAACACGUUCGCACACACGAUAGACAAUAAAAUAGAUGCAAGUAUCAAAAAGGGAUCGCGCGGUUUUUGAUUCACGUUUAUCGCGACUCACGACCUUUGAUUUGCCCGAGGGAAGUUCGCGUGCGUCCUGAAUCCUAAUCGGUGCCGAGAAACACCGGAAACGUUCGCUGCAACCGCACCGGCCGCGUAAAGACACUUAACUACAAAACGGGUCCGUACAGACUUUCUAGUGUUACAUUACGCCUGUAAAUAUGCCAACGGUGAUGAUAAUUAAGUCGUAAUAACGAAUAUAGCGCAGAUGUGGUGGAAAGGCCGAGGAGUUCACGAGUAAAUAGCUAAAUCGUUUAGGAGAACGCACGCGACGAAUCCGUAAGCUCAGGUCUGCUCGUGCGAUUGAAUCGGAGCUAUCAGCUAUAUCAAAAGAAAACUGCUUCACUGUGUGUAUCCGUGAGUUGACAUCGCAUACCUUUCGCGAAAGGCGGUCUUUCCGCAAAUAAUAACGUCUCGUCCGAGCCGUAUGAUUUUCGGUCUUCUUCAGCGAAACGGAAAGAAAAUUGUUCAAGUUGCGUCUUAUUUUGAAACGAUUAGACUUUCGUGUGUAUGAAAAAAAAAAAAAAGGAUCGUCGAAGUUUUUACGAAGUAUACCCAGAAUAUUUUCCUUCGUAUCGCGUUAAUCUUUUCUGCAAUAGUGACGUUUGACAUACAUACACCUUGUAUAUCACGCUGUAAGACAAGUUUCAUGGUUAACUCGAUUUCUCUAUGAUUUCGACGUAGGCCACUUUUAUAAGCGUCAGCGCGAAAUGUAGACCAUCUAAAUGUUCGUGUAAAUAUCAGGAUCUUGCAAAACGUCGUUGGAUCGUCUAUGAUUUCAUUGGCUCCAAAGAUGAGUCAUUUUACAAGCGCGAAAUCAGACGACAACCUGAAAGGUGGCCAAAAGUGGCAGAUAUAUCGAUUGAAUCUGGUAUGUACUGUUUCCUCAAAUAAAAGAAUACGACUAAAAAUCCAACGGACUAUCUUUUGCAAGCACCUAAUAUUGCGAGCGAGUUUCCCAGUGCGCGCUUCUACUUAAGGACAAUUAUAUCAAAAUAAAUCAAAAGCACGCGAUAUCACGUAUUACUGGCUAAGUUUCAUAAAUAAAAGCAAAAGAGAAAGGAAUCUUCGACAGAGAGGAGAAUCGUAUUCUCGCUUCACGUGACACGGUUCGUAGCGUUUCAUCGUGACCAAGCGCGUUGCAUACGCACAUGCGACGCGGCGUUUUAUUUGAUAAAUGGCGAAAGACAUAUCACUGGCCGCGGAUGAAAAAAAAAAAUUUUUUCGAUAUCUGCACAUUUUCAGCAAAACGUACCGUGCGAAAAUGAAAUAAAAAAAGUGAAAAGGAAAAAAAUAAAUCAUAGAGACAGAAUUUAAAUACGUAAAUGGCUGGCAUCGCUGUACACGUACAUAACACAACGGGACCGUUUAAAGUUAAGGUAAUUUUAAUUUUAUCCGAUUUUCUUCGCUCCAAAUUAUCUCGAAUAAAUCGGAGUGGUCGAGGCUCGUUUUCGCAAAUCUCAGCAGCUACGAAAUUUGUAAAAACUGAUAGUAACUCGAGAAUCUAUGUAUUUCGAAGUUAGAUAAAUUUGCUUGGGUUAGAAUGAUAAUUAUCUUGUAAUUUUUACUGUAAUUUAGUUACUCUCGAUAAUAUUUAAUUUUUUAAUUAUCCUACAAUAUUCUGACAUAAUGCAUACGAAGAAAUAUUUAUCGGCAGCUUACGCGCAUUAAAUAUAAUAUUCACGCGCAUUUCUCCGAAAAAUGAAAGGCGAUAAUCGACAAAACGUGUUUCUUGAGAGCUCUUAGCCUCGUAGAUGUCGACUUUUGCGAGAACGGCGCUCGAUACGGCGCGUAGGUCUUCGCUAGUUUUUCUCUUCUAGGAUCGAUGUGAACCAUAGCUUGCCGAGAGUACUUCUCCCUUCGCUCUCUCGAGCAUGAAACGCGAGAGUGACCGUAGCUUAAAAACCAGUGAAAACUUACCUCAGUGACAUACACGCAAGAAUCAAACGUCUUAAAAAAAAAAAAAAAAGAAAAAAA